CAGAGUACAGUGUUCUAACUGGCGUGGCAGCGGAAUUGGAGCAGAACACAGAAGCUUCGCUCAAGGCGUUGGCGAAUCUUACUUGGUUUUUGCUUGCUUCGUAACUUGUCCAUGAAAUUCGAUACAAGCACCAGCAAUGCUUAGAGUAACAGUACAGAAGGCAACCAACUUGCCUGACGUUGACUUCCGUGGCAAAAGCGAUCCGUAUGCGAAACUUAGUUUUCAAGGCGUUGAACACAAGACUGACCACAUUAAAGAUGAGCUAAAUCCUGAGUGGAACAAGGCUUUCGAAUGGGAUUUGAGCGGAAAACCGCUGAACCCUGAUGAGAAGUUGACCGUCGUCAUCAAAGAUUAUGAAAAAAUCGGCUUCAACAAGGUUCUUGGUCAGUGUGAGGUUCCUCUUCGAGAUCUUGUGAAAGGAAAGCAAAAGCAAACUGAGGAAACGUAUGCACUGAAGGAUGGCAAAAACAACCCGACUGCUGCUUCCUGUAACCUACAGAUAAUUUAUGAACCUCCGGCAGGCGCAAAAGAUGAGUCUGGUGACGGUGGAGGUGGCGGAGAUGAAUUUGAUGAGGAAGGAGGAGAGACAGAAGCUGGAGAAGAAGGGGACGAAGAAGGGGGAGAAGAGGAAGGUGGAGCGCCUGGACAACCUGGAAAACCAAGGCGAAAGAGGAAGCGUCACGCUCGGCGAGGAAGGCGCAGAUGGUCCGACAAAGUUCAAGAUUUUCAGAUUCGAAUCAAAGUUAUUGAAGGUCGACAGCUACCAGGAAACAACAUCCACCCAGUGGUUCGUGUGUCUGUGUCCAAUCAGAAGCGAGAAACCCAGGUUGCCAGGUCAACCAACAAACCAAUGUAUGACGAGAGCUUUGUGUUCAAUUUCCAUUCAUCUGAAGCGGAACUUUUCGACGACCUGUUCGUAUUAGAGGUUUUCAACUCCAAAAAGUUGAGGUCUGAUGCUUUACUCGGCUUCUUCGAGUCUGAUAUUGGGAGCAUCUACGAAAUGCGCGGCCAUUCAUUCGUAAGGAAGUGGGUCUUGAUGACGAGCCCUUCAACAGAAGGUGGUGAUGAAGAAGAAGCAGAGGAGGGUGUAGAAGGUGGCAAAUCGAAGAGCAAGUCUGCAGUGGGUGGAUCACCGGCGGGUUAUCUGAAAGUCACAGCCAUGGUUCUAGGGCCUGGUGACGAGCCACCAGCCAAGGCAAAAGCAGCACCCAAAGAUGACGAAGAGGAUGACAUUGAGGCAAAUUGUCUGAUGCCCAUGGGUGUGUCCCGCCAGCCUGCAGUGUUCGGUGUUAAGAUAUACCAAGCUGAAGACAUCCCACAAAUGGACUCUGGUAUGGGAAGAAGCGUUAAGAAAUUCUUCAAAGGACUUUUUGGAGGUGGAAAGAAAGAAGAAGAAGAGGGAUCAAAGAGUCUGGUCGAUCCCUACAUAAAAGUAAACUUUUGUGGAAAAGAGAUCGAAACGGAAAUCAAAUACCAGGACGACCAUCCCRAAUUUAAACAACAGUUGAAAAUCCCGUUAAUGUUCCCGUCCAUGUGUGAGCGACUCAAGCUGCAGAUGUAUGACUGGGAUAGAGUGGGUAACGAUGAUUGUAUUGGCACGGCUUUCCUGUCAUUGUCUGCUAUCUCAGGACAAGGCGACGAAGGUUUUGCGCCAAUGUUUGGGCCGUGUUUCAUCAAUUUUUAUGGUUCUCCUCGAGAAUUCAGCGAACUGCCUGACGAGAAUGAAGCACUGAACAAAGGAAUUGGAGAGGGCGUGGCAUAUCGUGGUCGCGUGCUAGUGGAGCUCGACACUGCACUAGGAACCGACGAAAUAGAAAACGAAGUGUCGACUAUCGAGAAUGAAGAUGUGAUCCGUGUACAGCCUUACUUGAGACGCGAGAAGUACAAAUUGUUUGCCUGUUUUUAUGAUGCAACAAUGGUCAAGGACGUAGACGGACCUGUCGAGUUUGAAGUCAGCAUUGGUAACUAUGGUAACAAGAUGGACGACUCAGUUGCGCCUGCUAACACAGCACCGUCGAACCCUAUCUUCGAUGGUUGCCACUAUCACUACCUCCCCUGGGGAAGUGAGAAGCCGUGCGUGUGUGUGGAAAGCUUUUGGGAAGAUAUCGCAUUCAGGUUGGAGCCACUGAAUCUCCUGAACAAGCUGUGUAAUCGACUGGGAAUGACAUUGACUCUUAUAAAGGAAGCAUUAGAUGCACCAACACCACCCGAUGACAUGGCUUUCGUUGCCAUGGUCACGUCACUGCUUGAUCACCUGAUUUCUGAUUGCAUGAAAGAACAAGACAGGUUUGAUAAUGAGAUUCUAAAGCUUCCUGGACAUCGCAACAAACUGGACAACAAGAUUGAGAAAUUGAGGACUGAGGAACUGAAACUGAUAGCGAUAGAAGCCACAGAACUGAAGCACAGCCUGGAGGCUCCGGAAGCCGAGGUCAAUGUAGCAGAGACAGUCGGAGAACUGGAUGGGUACUUACAGCGGCUACAAGAUCUGGCCAUUGAGCCGCAGAAUGCAAUACCAGACGUGAUCAUUUGGAUGAUAAGUGGAUCAGAGAGGAUUGCUUACUACAGGAUACCUGCUUAUGAAGUAAUGUACUUUGCCAACCCUGAUGCUUGUGGAAAUCUGUGUGGUAAGCCGGUAGAGAUCAAACUGAAGUAUCCUGGCAAGAAGGCGAACAAUCUGAAAGAUCAUCCAGAAAUCCCUGCACUAGUCCGUGUUGAGAUUUGGCUUGGGCUGGAGAAAGACCAAGACAACUGGACUACAAGAGGAAAGAGCGAAGGAGAAUUUGUUGUUUAUGCUGAAACUUACGAGAAUGAGAUGAAGAUUGGUCCCAAAUGGUUUAAGAAGGGAUGUCCUCGUCCGGGGUUCUCUAGUGCUGAUGGUGAACUUGAACUAAAGCCUGACAAGUUUAUUGAACCUGAAGGAUGGAACUUCUUGGGAGAAUGGGAAAAGAAGCCUGAAUUGAGUCUAAUGUUUGACCAAGAUGCUGGUCGAAAGACAUACGUAGAAGAACUGUACGAGCAAGAAGACAGGAACUUCCCGGGGGGUGCAUGGAAAGCAGCCAAAGUACCAUGGACAGACGCGAGUGGUGACGAAGCUCCGUCCAAAAACGAUGUCCAGUGUCCCCCAGGAUGGGACUGGGUAACGCAAUGGCAAGUAGACGCCAACCGAGCCGUGGAUAGCGACGGUUGGGAGUACACGGUUGAUCUUUCUUAUGGAGUAUACAGUCCUGUGCCAAAAGCUUAUUAUCUGAGUAGAAGGAGACGAUGGGUGAGAAAGAGAAACCUCAAAAAUCCGGAGAGUUCCAAGAAACAGGCUCAUUUCCAGAAGCUCCUUCAGGAAGGAUGGGAAUACGCUCCUGUUUUUAAAAUGAAGUUCCACGCGAAGGAGAGAAAGAUGGACUUCGUGAGAAGAAGGAGGUUGAUGAGGAAACUUGUUCCUGAGGGAGGCGCAAAGCUCGACCCAAAGAGGACCAAGCUACCUCCUUUGUUACGUGUGCAGCUGAAAAGCGAUGAAGCCGAAAGUGCUUUGGUGCUCUCUCCUCGAAUGUUCGUCUCGUUUCCAAAACCUCAUAAGUUCCAGUUAUGGGCUUACAUCUACCAAGCACGUGACCUGCCUGCCAGUGACGAGACAGGAAUGAAUGAUCCUUACGUACGUGUGGCUUUCGCAAACCAGAGUCAGGUGACUGAGACGAGGAUGAAGACAUUGUGUCCAACGUGGGAUCAAACUCUCAUCUUCAACGUGCAGAUCUACGACAGCCUCGAGAACAUCCAGAGACACCCGCCAUCUGUUAUCAUGGAGCUGUUCGAUAAAGACCAAGUGGCUCAGCAACAACUGGGAAACCUCAACAUGAAAUGUCUGGGGAAAGAUGAUUUCCUCGGUCGUACGGAGUUCAAACCAUUACCAAAAAUGAAUGGCAUCGAAGGUCAACCCUGCAGACUUCUCUGGCAUCAAAUAAUACGCGGCGAGGACGAAUCAGGUGAAAUCCUGGCUGCCUGUGAGCUCUUCUUGGAUGAAGGGGCACAGCUUCCCCACCCUCCUACACCACGUGACGUCGAUGGAGAGAUUCUUCCAGUGCGAGAUCGUGUCAGACCAGUCCUACAGAAAGCAGUGGUCGAGGUUCUUUGUUGGGGUGUACGAAACAUGAAGAAGUUCCAGCUUGCGAGUGUGAAAAGUCCCAGCGUGCAGUUCGAGAUAGGAGGAGAGAUUAUCGAAUCUGAUAUUCUCACUAACACUAAGAAAUGUCCAAACUUUGGCCGCCCAAUUUUACCAAGGAAGAUUCUGAACUUGCCAGUAGAAGAGAUGUACACACCACCCAUGAAUAUUCGUAUCCAAGACAACAGGACAUUCGGUCGCAGACCUACUGUAGGCGUGCAUUCCAUCAAGUCACUCAAGCGAUUCCGCAGCGCUCCUCCCCCUUCGCCAUCGACUCUUCAGAUUGAAGUGGAGACUCCCAAAGGUCCUGCACCACAAAGGACACCACCAAUGGGACAACCAUCAGGUGCCGUACCGGGGUCACCACCACCAGGCAACGCAGGUACCUCUACUGAAGGCCAAUUGAUUCCAGUACCUCCACCUGGAGAGGCAUCAGGAUCCGGUGCAGGGCAAGGGCAAGGAGAAGGACAACCCCAAGGUCAGGGUCAAGGUCAAGGUCGGGGAAUGGGUCCGAGAACUGGUUCUCAGAUCAUUCCCCCCUCUCCCGGACCAGCUCCACGUGAUCCUAACAAAGCUGCUACUCAAGAGAAAACUGAAAUUCCUCCCAAGAGAAAACGUCCGAAGAAAACACCAGAAGAAAGGGCUAAGGAGCCCGAAGAAAAGUUUGAUUGGUGGUCCAAGUAUCACGCUUCCCUUGCUGGAGAAGAUAUUGCUACCCCAAAAUCUAAGAAGAUGUUGUCUCUAAUAUCUCCUGAUGAAGAAGACGGUAAUGUUCACAUCAGGAAGUACCGAGAACGUGGAUAUGACCAUCUAACGGUUUAUCCCAAAGAACUCGAAAGAAUUGAAACAUUCGGUAGCUUCGAGGAUGUCAUUGCUACAUUUCCUUUGUAUCGUGGGAAGAAGAAGAAGAGAAAGGGAGGAGAUGAGGAUGAACAGCAGAAAGUAGUGGGAGAAUUCAAGGGAUCAUUCCGUAUUUACCCGAUGCCAGAGUACGAUGGAGGAGAAGCAGAAUUACCAGAAACUCUCUUCACCAAUCUCCCACCAUCUGAACCAAUAGAAUGCCUUGUUAGAGUUUACAUCGUCAGUGCUACAGAUCUUCAGCCACAGGAUCCAAAUGGAUUGGCUGAUCCAUAUGUCGUGGUCCAGCUUGGCAAGAAGAAGUUUGACACCAAAGACAACUACAAACCAAACACAUUGAAUCCAAUUUUUGGAAAGAUGUUUGAGUUUGAUGCAGUCAUUCCUCUGCACAAGGACCUGACGGUGAAAGUCAUGGACUACGAUCUGCUGAGCAGAGAUGACAUGAUCGGUGAAACCGUGAUAGACCUUGAACAAAGGCUUUUGUCUCGAUACUAUGCUAAGUGUGGGCUCCCAAAGAGUUACUGCGAGUCUGGACCAAACCAGUGGCGAGAUCACAAGAAACCAAUGGAGUUGUUGAAAGAAUGGUGUGAAAAGAACGAUAAGAACUUCAAGUUCUACAAGGGAACCAAGGAUGGCACUCCUGAUAGAAUAGUCGUUGCCUAUCGCGUCUAUCAACUGGAUGAGUUUGAGGAUUUCCAUGAGGAAGAUAAGCCAAAUGAUCAUCUCGGACCCAAACACCAGCGCCUUGCACUACACGUCCUAAACCAGCUAGAAAUGGUUCCAGAACACGUGGAAACACGCUCCCUUAAGAGCUGCGUGCAGCCCAAUAUCGAACAGGGCAAGAUUCAGCUAUGGGUUGAUCUCUUCCCAAGAAAUGAGGGUGGAGUACUAAAGUCAUCAGUUGACGUGACUGCCAGAGAGCCUAGCGAAUACGUGUUGCGUUGCAUCAUCUGGAACACAAGUGACGUCAUCAUGGAAGAGACGUCAAUCACAGGAGAAGAAAUGAGUGACAUUUACGUCAAAGCAUGGUUGGACAAAGAAGAUGACGAAAAGCAAAAGACAGACAUCCAUUAUCGAUCUCUUGACGGAGACGGGAACUUCAACUGGCGUAUGGUGUUCCCCUUCCAAUACUUGCCCAUAGAAAAGAAAAUGGUCAUCCGUAAAAAGGAGCAUUUCUGGAGUCUUGACUACAAGGAAGAGAGGACAAAUCCGCGCUUGAUGCUUCAAAUCUGGGAAAACGAUACCUUCUCCUAUGAUGAUUUUCUUGGCAAAACCGAGUUAGACUUGAUCAAACUGCCUAAGCCUUGUGCUUCAUCAUCGCGCUGUGGAACAAGUCGUGACCCAGGCAAGAAUGGAGAACAUGUUGACUUGUUCCAACAGAAGUCCAUUCAAGGAUGGUGGGCAUGCUAUCAGGAAGGGGAUGAAAAACCAACUGGUAAAGUAGAGAUGACACUUGAACUACUCACAUCCGGGGAAGCAGCUGCCAAACCUGUUGGUCUAGGACGAGAUGAACCAAACCAACAUCCACAUCUCGACGAACCAAAUCGUCCAGCAACGUCAUUCCUGUGGUUCACGUCACCCUUCAAAACUCUGAAGUACAUCAUCUGGAGGAACUACAAGUGGAUCAUCAUUGGAGUACUCAUCUUGCUCAUCAUCAUCGCUAUCGUGGUCAUCUUUGUUUACAGUCUACCGGGAUAUACCGCCAAGAAAAUCCUUGGUGUCUAAAACUGAACCAUGGAUCCAGAGCACUGGAGAGCAGAGCAAGCUCCUUGUCCCGUAUCUCUUACAUUUGAUCAUACUUUCAAAUCAAUAAUUCAAUUCAAUACAAUAUUCAUAAAGCUAAAUAAUGAAUACUAAUAAUCAUUAUGGUUAAUAAUAAGGUGGCUGGAGUAUUUGUUUGCUUACCAUUUAUAUUUCUCUACAUAAAAAAACAAGGAUUUUUAGAGCUCUUAAUACAGAAUUCUCUGAAAGUGAAGGAUUAAAUGCUGUCAAUAAACACUGAAUGGCAGUGA